AUGUCGAACUUCCUCUCUUCCAUACAGUCCCACGCCGGAACACUCGCAACAAUCGCAGUCGGUGCCAUUAUCGCUAGAGCCAUGAGCGUCAACGCAACUUUGACAGAGGGCCAAGUGCCGACUGGAGACGAUAAAUCACGAGAUGGCGGCCACAAGCCCGGCGAGUACAAGCCGACACCGACCGACGUCAUUAUAGUCCGCAUCAUGCUCGAGAGAGCCGGCAACCUCCCGCCCGAACUCCUCGACAUCAUCUUCGACGAGGCCGAAUACUGGCCGCACUCUGAGGGCUACAUCUUCCAGCAAGUCCGUACUGCCCGCGACGCCCUCCGCGUGGUUGGUGGCACGGCCCAGGGCGAGAACGUCCUCCUCGUGAGAUGCCCCCCUAUCGGAUUCGUCGAUUACCGCAAGGUUGGCGAGGAGUUUAAGACGGCCCCCCUCCCGCCCAAGUCUGUCGACGGCUCGGCUGUGAGCGAACCGCUACAGAACCUGACGCUCAUGGAGCCUUCAUCGUCUUCAACUGAGCCCACGCGCGAGGCGCGGAGGGAGUUCUUCGAGGGAUCCAUGUCACAGCCCCCGGCGCUGAAACACCCCGUGAGAAAGAUCGUGUUCAAGUUGAGAAGCAAAGAUCAGGGCUGGGGUGGAACUCAUGCGGAUAAGGGCUCGUACCGGGGAUCGUGGACGUGGUUCGAGGCAGGCCUGGAGAAGUUUGAUGAGGAUCGGAAGUGUGACGGUUCGUGCAAGCGAUCUAGACCGAGCUCACCUACCCAAUCCGAGAACCCCGAAUCCGCGAAUCCCAACACCGAGACCAAGAACUUCUGCACUUGCGGCCUUCAAUCCGUCUAUCCCCCGGUGGUCGCGUCGGCCGAUGGCAAGUUGGCGUACCACCAUCACGUCCAUCCCCUCGAGAACCUGAAAAUACAGUCGAAUAAGACGGCACAUAGAGAUUUCUUGGACCACGAGGUGGUAUGGUCGUGGACCGAUGACAUACACCCAGAGUCUCCAGAAGGCGAUCAUUUGUCAGAGAUCGGCAGGGGACGCGGCACGGGAACAGGUAGGUUCGUUCGCAGCCUCAAAUUGGGCGAUGUUGUCACGGUCUGGGGCAAGGCGAGGUUUGGUGGCUGGUGCAACUACGUUGAGAGCGUCAAGGUCGAGAUAUACUGGGCGGUCUAA